UUUGAUCCCAUUCGUAAUUCACUCAAAAUAACAAAGACCAUUUCUCGUCUUGACCUUGCCUUGCCUCCGCGACGCCCUGCACACCUCGCGUGCUCGAAGGAGGAAGGAGAAGGGCGCGGAAGGGCGUGCUGGCGAGGCCGUGGAGGAGCAGGGCGCCGAGAGGGGGAGAGCGAGGCUGGUCAGCUGACUGUGUUUACUCGGCGACGCAGCUGGCGGAGGAGGCGCGGCGGUGGCGGGCUCUGGCGGCGGCUCGCUCAACUACGCCGCGCACCACGACCAGCCCGCUCUCGCCUCGGAUUACCCUUUGUAAGUCCACGGCUGAUUUACGUGCCUUGGCGGGGAAUCACACGUGGGUGGCCUCUCCCAGAUAUUAGGGGUGCGCUGCAAGGACCAUGGGAAGAGUGAGAUUUGCUGAAGAUCGCAAGGUGUCUGUAUAGGAAAGGUUUUUUCAUGGAAUGUCGCUCCGGCUCGUCGGCGAGGGAGGCCAUAUUGCCACCGAACCCCGAGCAUCGCGCCUCCCGCACUUGCGCCUUUGUUUUCGCGGACGUGGACCCCAAGUCCUCGUUCGGCAGUGAUUCGGCGGAUACAUGGUCUCAACUAAGAGCACCAGGAAUGCCCUACAAGUACUGUUAUGUGUGUGCACUAGCCUGAUGUAGUGAAAAGAUACGUCUCUCGCAAUGCUUACGAAAGGACUUGGAUGGUUCAUGCAAACCACGGUCUUAUGCCAGCAUGUCCCGGCACCAAAGGCCUCUGGUGCGGCAAAGGCUUCGGGAAUGGGCACGGGCAGCCAAAGCCAGUAGCCAGAAUUGCUGCAGGACUUCCCACAAACUUAAAUGAACUGAUGACGAUAAUCAAGGAAAAAUGGAGUCUCCGAGGGAAAUUGACGAGAAACUGGUGCACUUAAGGUCAUAUGUUCCCUUUGUUGAACGUAUGAUCACAAAGCUCGAGGCUCGCUCACAACAAGUUGGUUCAAGAAACAACCAGUUAGAACGCCUUCAGGGCCUCCACAGAUUCCUAACAACACCUGUCCCAAGAGCACCAAGGAUGGAGAUGCUAGAGAAAAUGGAAGCUGUUAUCCGCAACAUGCACGAAAAAGUUCAAAAAGCCACUGGAAAACCUGAACCAGGACCAUCUGCUCCUCCGAGACCCCCAAGCCAUGGAGCCGGUCCAGGCCAAGGACCUCCAAGCCCCAAUAUUAGUUCAAGCCACCGACCUAUACUUGGCUCACAUUCCAACCCUGGCAGUGGGUCUAGCCAAGGUCUUGGUUUGACCCAUGGAUUAGGAUCAACCUUGGGUCUGAACCUGAACCAGAACUUUAGUCAUAACCAGGGUGGUGGAGGGGUGUAUGAGAGUGGCAGCAAUCGUGCAGCCGGUUCAAGUCUCAAAGCACCACAAGGACUAAGCCCAAGUGUGGGUCACAGUAGUGGAAAUAGACCAGCGUAUGGACAUGGUUCAAGUCAGCAAGCGCGGUCUUUCCCUACAAGGUCUGGGUCAAGUGAGUGGCAGAGUUCUAGAGAUAGUGGAAGUGAGCGUAGGGAGAAAGAUAGAGGGAGGGACACAGAGUAUAGUGAUAGAAGAGAUAGAGGAGUUGAAAUGUCAAGAGAAAGCAGCUAUGAUAGAAAUCGAGGGAGAGAUGGGGACCGAAGUCAGUCUCGGCACUCAGAUAGAGGUAGAGACCGAGAGUCGGACAGAAGUCGAGAUCGAGAUUCCGACAGGAGCAGAACAAAAAGCUAUGAUAGAAAAAGAGAAUAUGAUAGACACAGAGAUCUUGAUAGAAGUGGAAGUAGAGAUGGAAGAAGUCGAAAUUCGGGUGACAAAGAACAUGAUAGAGGGAGAGAGAGACGAGGCAGCUCCAGAGAACAUGAACGUGAUAAGAGUCGUGAAACAAGUAGAAGUUUAAGUUCCCGCGAAAGAGAAUACGACAGGGAGAGGGAGCGAGACUCCCACCACCUGCAGCGGCAAAGGAGCCUUACAGAGCAGGAGUAUCAGGAUGAUGGAAAACAUUCAUCAAAAAGAAAUAGCUUGCUGGACCUUCCAAUGCCUCCAUCUCUUUCAAACACUGAUGUACAUCCAUCUGCGAGGGGAACAGGAAAUGCUUCACCUCAGGCUUCUGAAAUGUUAAAAGGUUCAAGAGGAAAGUUCCAAAAACUCUUUGGAGAACCUUCUGGACCAUCAGAGGAUGAAAGUACUUCAUCUGGCGCCAUGUUGGAUAAAAGGGGUUUGUUAAGAACUCAGUCUGGAAAUUGGAGGGAUGAGGUUCGAGCAAGAGGAGAUUCUUUCUUCUCACAUAAAACCUCUAGUGAUAGUCCAUUCCCUAGACUUUCAGGCCUUGGUCAAGAAGAUGCAACUGCUAGAACUUCUUUUCAGCAUAAUGAGGUAAGGGAUCAUAGUCACAGUGGUAGUGGUAGUAAUUUUCAAGAACAGGUACAUUGGAGAGUAAGUAGUUCUCAGUCAAAUACUUCUCACAGUACUGGGUUUCCACAGACUUACCCUCAGAGAGGAAAACAGCCAGAUGUGCCAGAUACACCCAUGUCACCAGAUGAGUCGUCUUCCCAUGGCUUUUUUUCAACAGACACACCACAGUCACCUGAUAUGGAUGCUUCUUUUAGCCCUGUUCCUGCAGCAGAGGAAACCACCCCUGUCAAGACUAUUCCACUUGAAAGUAUUAGUCAGGCAGGUGUGGAUUUGGAAAAUAUUAAAAAAGCCCUAGCACAAAUACGUGCACAGACCAGUUCUAGUUCUAGUUCUGGCCCAUCUUACCGGUAUGAGGACUUUGUAGGUCCUGCAGGAAAGUCAAAUUCAGAGGAUGAGCCUUAUGAUCCAGAAGAAGUUUGGAAUAACCAAGAUGCAGAAGCAACAAAAAAGCAAAGGCCAGUUGUUAGUACGCCUCAGGUGCCUGUGAUUUCUGGUCGCUCUGAUACUGAUCUGCGGCAGAUUCAUCGCAGUUUGCUACCACUACCUCAUACCUAUCAGGCCAGACCACAUGGAAAUGAAAGUUUGAAAAGUGGGGGAAGAGUUGGGCCACAAGCACCAUUUAUCCAGAAAACAGCAGAAGCAGGAAAGAUGGCAACAAACACCAUUGGUUCAAUACCUUUACCACACAGACAGGCUAACAGUAGUCAGCCCAUGGUGAGCCAAGGAAACCAGUCUUUAGGGACCAAUCUAGUAGCAACCUCUGGUGUUGGUUUCUAUAAAGAUACUAGCAAUCUUAGGCCAUUAGACCCCAGAAACAGAACAAGCAGCGGGGAUAUUGACAUGCGAGUUCCACAGCCACCCUUGCCAAAAACGCAACCUGCACUUCCAAGAACUCAGCCACCAUUGCCUGUAUCUCACCUGCCACCCCCACCUUUGCCCAAAGCAUUGGAUCCACCAGUAUCUGAGGGUGAUAUCAAUUUGCUCAAAUCCAGUCAGCCACCAUUACCAAGUUCACCACCCUUACCAGCUAAACCUAUCCAACCACCUUUACCAAAAACUCAGCCUCCAUUGCCAAAGUCACCUCCACCACAAUCACAAAGUCCCUUUGCAUCAGCUAAAGAUGAAAGUGAAGGACAGAAAAGAUUAGAUAGUAUCCGUGCACGAAUUGCACAUGGUGCUGGAGAAUUCAUUAAGCCAGGACAAAGAGGAGUGGCUGCUUCUCAAAUGGAAAAAUACAAAUUGAAGAGACAGUUAAGUGGUCCAAGAGAUACAAAACCAUCACACACCUCACCUUCUUUGACUAAAGAGUAUUCAGGGAAAACUGAUUUACAAGCAAAAGGAAAAGAGCCUGUUUCAGUUCUUGAUAUACUUUUACCAGAAAAUUCAAUAAGUACUGAAUCAACAGAAGAUGUUGCAAAAGAUUCACAGCCAACUCAAGAAUCCUCAGCAAGAGACCCACGCUUUAAACCUCAGCAGGAACCACAACCUGCAAAGGACAAAAUCACAAGCUUAUCGCAUGCUCGAGAUCCAAGGUUAUCAACAACUUCCUCGUCAUCAGUUACGAGAGAUCCAAGGCAGCAGAUGAAUAGGGAUCCAAGGCAGGAUACUGGAGUCUUCCCAGGAAGAGAAAACAGGGGUGAUAUUAAUAGAUUUUCUUCAAAUAUAGUAAGAGAUCCUCGACAAGAUUCAGCCAAAUAUGCUCCUGUAGGUCCUCAGCUGCCUCGAGAUCCAAGGCAGGAGGCAAGUAGAUUUACACCAGGAGUGCCACCUGGAGGUUGGGAUUCCAGACAUGAGUCUAAUCAAUAUCCAGUCCCAGUAUCAGGAAUAAGAGGGCAUUCUGGUUUCCCUAAUCCACCAGGAGCUGCAAACAGACUUGAGCCUGGCUCUUUGCCUGGAGUUCCUAAUGCAGGGCCCAGAGAUCCACGGCAGGAGACCAGAACUUUCCCUAAUGUACCCUUACCACAGUAUAGAGAUCCACGAAUGGCAUCCAGAGUUGAAAGACCUCCAGGUGCUAUGUGGAAUCAACAACCAACUCCGCCACCACCAGCUCCCAUGAACUUUACUCCAGUCCCAAGCUCAAGUGGACCAGUUGUUAGUAAUGACCUCAUAGAUCCUAGUCCUACCCAGUCUGCAAGUGGGUCUUUGAUUGGCCAGACUUUUACUUGCCUAAUGAUGCGUGGGUUGCCCCCUUUUGUCCAUUCCAAUCACAUAUAUCGUUUCUUUUCUGAUUAUAUAUUGAGAGAUAUGUCACUAGAGCUAGAUAACCAUUAUAAUUGUAAAGGAACAGCCUAUAUUCAUUUUCCUAGUCAUGCUAGUGCUCGAGAAGCUCUAGAACAAAUGAAUGGGCAGCUUUUAAAUGGCUAUCCUAUAUCUCUCAGGAUAUGUACCGUUGGAAUCUUGCGACAAGCUAAGAAUAUGUAUGAACAGCUUAAUAGGGAUAGAGAAGCCCAGCUUGGUAUUCCUGAAAGACCAAGAGGAAAUGGAAACCCAUUCUUUAAGCCAAAACCGAAAGAACCAAAAGAACCUGCAGUCAAACCAGUAACACCCACCUCUACUGUACCAGCUCCAGCUGCUACUGAAAAGCACACUGUAGUUGAUAAACAAGUCUCUGAACCUGUUAAUUCUGAGAGUGUUGCGCCCUCUGCACAGUAUUCAGAAUUGUGUGGGGUUAAAGUUCCUCCUAAAGCAUCAGGCGGAAAGUCAAGCUUCAAGAUUCCAAAGAUAAAGAAAGCUGUACCAGAAGCAAAAUCAUCAAAGAGUGAGACCGACUCAAGCAAGGAAGGCACCGAGAAGAAAAACAAAGAACAUGAAAAGAAAUCUCCUGGUCGAGGUAAAGCUUCUUCUAAAUCAGCAGCUGAUGACUCGUCAGACUCGGAUGAAUUAAUUAAUCGUAAGACGCUAACAAAAAAGAACAGAAAAUUCAAGAAGAUAAUAAUUGAGUCAGAUACAGAUUCUGAUAUAGAAGACACAAAGAAAGUCCCUCAGAAGGAGACUACAAAGUCAGGUUCUAGUUUGAAAAAUCAUUCCCUGGAUGAAGAUGAUGAUGAUGAAUGUUUCAUGGUUAUUGAUGAGACUGUUGUUUCGGACACAGAAGAGACUGAAGACUCGGAAGUAAAUUCUUUGACAACAGAUGAUUCUAGUAGUCAGUCAAGAAGUACCAAAACAAAGGAGCAGAAACAAACAAAAGUAAAGAAGACUAGAGUUCGUGCUACAAAAGCAAAGCCAAAGAAAAAGAUAGCUGAAACGAAGAAAGGCAAGAAGAAAGGACAGGUAAAGAAGGAUACAGUUCCUAGGAAAGGAAGGGGCAAAAAAGCUGUUGACAAACUUCUACAAGACAAUACAUUUAAAUCAGAACUUGAUUUGCAUUCUACUGUUGGAAUGAAACUAACCCGUCAAACUCAGGGUGAACUAGAAGAACUAAUCAAAGAAAAGACAAAGCUGAAGGUAGUCAUCCCAGUACCACAUAGAUAUGUUGUUAAUCUCUUUGAUGAUGAUAAGUUGAAAAAGCGGGGUGGCAGAAGACAGACUGCAGAAGUUCAGUCUAGUGUUGCUGUACCAGCCAAAGAGCCAGAAGUGCCUGCAUUGUUAGAAAAGAAACCAAAAACUAUUGAAAAGGUUCCAUUAGAUGUAUCUGUUGUGGUUGAGAAAUCGAGUGUUGAGCAACCAGAUAUCUUGAAUUACCGACAGAUCAAAGCAAAGAUUUUCCAAAAACCAUUGCAUGUUCUUGCAAUACCAACAGCUAGAAAAGGAAAGAAAAGAACUCUUUCACAUGCUGGAAAUAGUGGAGAUAACAAAAGACAGAAGUUUGUGUCUGAUGGUUUUAGUAAAGCACAACCAAAAGUUGAUAGUAAUAUCAGCAAAGAAACUGGAAAGAGGCAUAGAACUACACCAUCAAAAGGUCAGCCAACAAAGAAGUCGAAAUUGGAUUCCAGUGCAGAAAAACAAUCCACACCCGAAGCUGCAGGAAACUGGAACAAAGUACUCACAACUACAGAUUUGUUUGACAGUAACACAUCCUCGGAUGAUUUACCUGAUUUGACUCAAAUAACACCAAGUCUGUUAGAUGUUGAUCCAACAAUCACCAGUUUCCUGCCAGAUGCAACCGUCCUGGCUAGUGUUCUCAGUCCCCCACAUGUUACGAGCCAGACGUCUGAAGGUAGUUUUCUGAGUGGAGUUGACUCUGAUGGUGAUAGUUCACCUGGGAAACUACAGAUUGUUGAAAGUGAUCAAAUAAGUAAGGAUUACCAGCUUUUGGAUGAGAUAAUCAGAAAUGACAGUAAAGAUAAAGGAAAAGACUCAUUAGAAGAAAUGACUGAUCAAAAUGCAGAAAAGAGAAAAGUUGAUGCAAAACCAAAUCAGGAUGAUGCACACAAUGUAAGUAGUGAAUCUAAAGAAGAUAGUGUAAGUAGCAGUGAGCAAGAAAAAGUUAAAGAUAUAUUUGAUCAAGUCCAAAAUAGUUCUGAUGUUGUUGAUGGUAGCCAUAAAAGACAAGAUAGUUCUUCAAGCAAUACAAGUUUGAUUAGAAAUGUAGAUGGUGAGGAAGAAAAAGAGAGUUUACAUCUAUGCUUGCCAGAGGGAAGGAGUGAUGAGACUUUAGGACAUAAUGAAGAAAUUGAUGAAGGUGAUGAUACUGCAAGUGUUGGCAUGGUUAGCACCAGCAGCUUAGUUGAUGAUGCAUCUAUUAUCUCCAGUGAAGGUCGAGAGUUAAAAACUCCAGACUCAGGGGCAUCAAGAAAGACCAAGAGAUCAAAAACUGUGCAUAUACCUCCAGAGUUAAGGAGGGUAACCAGGGGAUCCAUAGUGGAACCUCUAAUCGUAGAAGUGAUUGAGUGGGAUGAUGGAGGUGUAGUUGAUUUGUUCCAGUGUGAUCUUUGUGAUUAUGUGGGCAGGCAUAUGGCAUAUCAUUUAGUCAAUUUCCACAUUGAAAGGGAAAUGCCAUGUAAAUUCAAGAAGGAAGAUUUUCCCCCAGUGAUUAAGGACCAUGUAGGUCCACCAAAGGUUCCAGAAGACAAGAAAGAUGUGUCACUAGAUUUGUCAUGGAUACCAACAAGUAUGACAUUUGAGAAAAGUGUGACCUGUAAUGAGUGUGAUUAUAUAUCAAAUAGUCGGUUUGACUUGGUUUACCAUGUGCUGGAACACAAACCUAUGGCAGCACAUUGUGUAUACCACUGCCGUCUAUGUAAUUAUAUGUCAGAACACUUGGAACAUUUUUACAACCAUGUAAGUAGUCAUACUGGAGAGUACAGAUACAGAUGUGAUCUUUGUGGUGAGAGAACAUACAAAAAAUCACUAUUAAUAGCACAUCAUAAAGAAUGCCAUCAUAAUCAGAUUGAGAAGUUUUCCGUAUCAGAAAUGAUUCUAGAAGAUGGUUGGCCAUAUAUUCAUGUAUGUAAAACAUGUAUGUUUGUCAGAAUAGCUCAGAAGGCAGCAGAAGAGCAUGUACAACAUCGCCAUAAUGGAAAAGCAGACAUUCACAAAGCAAACAUGACUAGACCUGUUAUUUUAUAUUCAGAACAGUGGAAGUCAAAGGGAGAGAUGGAAAACAUUGGUCUACAUGGAAAACCAAAGGGGAGGAAGAGAAAGAAAGGCAAACGAGGUCCAGACCUAGAAGUGUUUGUAGGGGAGGGAGGUGAAGAGGAAAUGGAGGAAGAAAUAGAAGUAAAGGCAAAGCAACUGGUUGAUAGAAUUGCAUCUAAUAUCCACACAACUACAUCAACAGAAGAAGCUAUAAAGAGAAUGUCUUUACUAAACUCAAUAAGCAAGAAAUUAGAUGAAGAGGAGGAAGAGGAACAGGAGGUUUCAGCAAAUAUAGGGACAUCAGUCCAGGUGACAUCUAGUGUUACAGCACCUUCACCAUCUUCCACAUCACAAGAAAUAACAUCAGUGGCAGCAGAAGCAGGAAUGGCAGCAGCAGGAAUAGCAGGAGCAGGAUCAGCAACAGAGGGUGAAUUAAAGGACAGAGGCCUCCAAGAUGCUUCAGAAUCCAAAGACAAAGUGAACAUUUCAGAAAAUCAACAGUCAUUGGAAAAGAGUUCAUUUACAGAUAGUACAGUUGAAAAGGAUGAGGAAGAUGCAGUGAUGGAGGGUGAUGGAAACCUUGGAGAUAAUUCAGAAAGUGACAGUGAAUCAACUGUGAGUGCUUUAGACCCAGAAAUCUUUGAUGAAGAUUUGUCAUCAGGGAAAACAGGAUCAUUGCAGGAAACAAUUAGGAAGCUCUCAGCAACUUUAGGGGAGAUUGCCAAAGGAAAGCAAAAACCAGCAGAGCAGAUAGUGAAAGAGCCAGGCGUGAAUGAGCCAGGCGUGAAUGAGCCAGGUGCGAAAGAGCCAGGUGCAAAAGAGCCAGAUGUGAAAGAGCCAGACACAAAAGACCUAGACACAAAAGACCUAGACACAAAAGACCUAGACACAAAAGACCUAGACACAAAAGAGCCAGAGGGAAAAGAGUCAGUGCAAAAAAUUGAACGUAGGGGCUCAGGAGAUACCCAUGAUAGUGACUCUGAUGUUUUAGUGAUUUGUGAAGAUGAGGAUGCUGAUGGUCGAGAGGAAACACCAAAUUCAGAGCAACACAGCCAGCCAGAGAAAAAGUCAAGUCAAGAAGAGAAUGCUGAAUCUAAAACACCAGCAAUUGCAGAAUCAGUUCCCACCAGUACCUCAGAACAGGAGGAGACAAAGAAAAUGCCAAAGUUGAGAAUCCGUCCAGCACAUCAGCUCUUGGAUAUGAGAUAUUCCUCCAAGGAUACGUCGCCAUCAGCAAAAAUAUUUAGAUGUGCGGUCACCAAUUGUGGAUAUACUAGCUCCAAGCAUACAGAUCUCAUUAACCAUAUCAUCUCCGCUCACGGACCCUAUAAAUGUAUUGCUUCAGGCUGCACUUUCGUUACACAGUCCCGGGAAUUAUUCAGUGUGCAUCUAACAACACUACAUCCCAAGCUAAAUUUCCUUGUGUGUCCAUUCCACUGUCAGAAUAUUUUCUACAAAUGCUCCGAUCUUGUGGACCACCUCACAGUACAACAUGCAACUGUUGAGGUUAUGAAUGAGAGCCAGGCAGCAAUCAGUACAGAAGCGGAGAGUCUUAGGAAGGAUUCAGAUGACCCAGGAUUCUUGCGCAUUGAAAGUGUGGCCACCUUAGAUCCUACAGCAGCAUCUCAGAUGUUUGGCGAGGGCCUUGGGCUUGAUGCACCCAAGGUAGAGUCCUCCACCUCUGGGAGUGGGCAGAAUGCUCCUAAUGCACUCACUUCAAAAAAGCUGGUACAACACGUUAUAACAGAACAUAGUCAUUGCCAGUUUCAGUGCAAGUAUUGCCUGUAUCGGGCAUUUACUAAAAUCUACAUGGGAGUUCAUCUGAAAAAUUUCCAUCCUGAUGUCGAGCCACGCUACAUCAAAGUUGGUACGAUUCAGUCUCAGCAUCCGCCAAAUCCUCCUAUUGACCAGUUUGUUCGGCCAUACAAAUGUAGCUACAAAGAUUGUCAGUAUCGCACUGUUGAUGCAGAAGCAUUCAGAACCCAUGUUGUCAGCAACCAUGGUCAGUUUGCUGUACUUAGUUGUGAUUUCUGCCACAAGCAUCUUCAUGUUCAACCUUUGAUAUAUCAUAUGCGAGAACAUCAAAUGAAUGAGUACCAGUGCCCAUACUGCCUACAUGGAGAUGCCGAAAAGGAGCGCCUACUCAAUCACCUUCUCAACUGUCAUCCUGGACGUCCUGGGAAAGUACUCCUCCGUAAACAGAUAACCACCUCUAGUGCAGGUGGUCCAAAUGUAAACAUUACGGACAUCAGUGGUCCACCCCCUCCAUCGUCUUCUCUGCCUCAAGAUCCGAGCAACAAAGGAGAUAAAAAGCACACUUCGAAGCCUGAUGGAAAGCCUUCAGAAAGCAGUCCAGAUGGCGCUGGAAGUGCAUCGCCAACACCGGCUCCUGUAAAGGAAAGACCACAGAGUCCCUGGAAUGUUGAAGGGAGGAGAAUGUCAAGGAGCUUGUCUCGGGAAUUAGAUAGUAAAGCCGAGAAUGCUGCUAAACAAGGUGAAGGAGAUGGUUUAAGUAAGAGUUCAGGUAGCAGCAUUGAAGAAGGCCUUACAUCCCCAAGCACUGAGAAAACAGGAUUAAGCAGUCACGCUCUCUAUCGUUGUGUUCAUCUUCAGGAGCAUCUCCAAGUGUGCAACUUUGCCCAAGACUCGACCGUCCUGAAGUGUCAUCACUGUGGGAAACAGUGCCGACACUUGAGCACUCUUUUUGAGCACCUUCGGGUCCAUGGGCCAAAGAGGUAUCGCUGUGGAGUGGCUGGUUGUGAUUAUAAAGCAACCAUGGUCCAUUACUUCAAAAAUCACAUGAAACAGAUCCAUAAGUGUUCAGGUUUUAAGCAGGUCUUAAAGGAUCCAAAGAUUAAAGAUCCAGAAACACAAGAGUACAUCGUGUAUCCUAAAGAUGCAGUACCACCUGCUAAGGAAUCCCACAGGAAACGAAAGAAUGAAUAUGCCAUUGAAGAUAUUGGCCGGAUUCCCAAAGCACACGUCUCAUAUCAAGAUCUAAAGUGCUACUACUGUCAUUUUAUUUCUAAAGUGAGAUUGAAUUUAAUAAAGCAUAUCAAAUUGCAUGAAAAAUACCCAGAAGGUAUUCCCAAGAGGUUGUACUUAGCUGAAGGUGACACCAGCCCAAUUCCAACAAAGCAGCCCAUCAACCCAGUGCCCUGCUUGGAACGGAAGGAACUCAUGUUUGAUAAGAUGAUGAACCUGGCAGGUAGCAGCUUUGAAGCCAAGAAGAAGAAGGAGGAUAUAGAUAUGAGAACUAAGAAUCCUAUUCCAACAGAGGAGUAUGAAAAGUUGCCCAAGUAUGUCCCUGAUGAACGGUUGCAUUCGUGUGGUAUUGAUGGAUGCAACUACUUGUCUUGUGAUGACAUGAUGUUGAAGUAUCACAUUCGCACUCUGCAUGCCGAUAUUACAUCGUUCCCUUGCCCACACUGUACUGAUAUAACAAUAACGGUUGAAAAGAUAAGCUCCCACUUCAAGCUGCAUGGAGACAGGCUUUACAGGUGUGGAUGGUGCUCAUAUAUAUCCUACCGAAGAAAUGUUGUCGAACGCCACAUGAAAGAAAAACAUCCAACUAAGAAGGCCUUUGAUUUUGUUAUCCGUGAGCCAGAUGAAUCAGAUGGUCAAAAGAAACAAGAGGAAAAGAUAGAGGAACCUGCAACACCAGUUAUUCCUCAAGUUCCUCAAGACCCACAGUGGCUGUGUGAUUUGUGCAAGUUCUGCUCAGUUACACAGCAGGAGAUGGUUAACCACACAAGCCUUAAGCAUGCUAUCAAAAGUCAGUAUAAAUGUGGCUACUGCAAUGUCAGAUCUUCAGUACGAGCCAGCUUUGAUGCCCAUUUUGCAGCAAAACAUCUUUACCAACCAUUUAGGGUGUUGUGCAUGUAUUAUCGGAUAGAUUCAGAAGAUAUUGAACCCAUUAGUCAGGGUAAUGGGCAACAUUCUCAUGAACCCUUGUGGAAACGUAAUGAUCCUGAACGCAUUCGACACAUCCGCGGUAUUCUGAUAGACGACGAUCCAGAGACCAGAAAGGUAUUUGAAAUUUUGUUGAUUAAUGUGAAGAAUACCACUAAGGGAAGGAUUCACACUGAACAAGUUAUAAAGAAAACAAUGAAGAAAAAGAGGGAAAUAUAUGCCCAGUGUGAAGGAGAUGGUUUAAGUAAGAGUUCAGGUAGCAGCAUUGAAGAAGGCCUUACAUCCCCAAGCACUGAGAAAACAGGAUUAAGCAGUCACGCUCUCUAUCGUUGUGGUAAUGAAGGUUGCGAGUACUCCAGUGCAACUCAGGUUCAUCUUCGGGAGCAUCUCCAAGUGUGCAACUUUGCCCAAGACUCGACCGUCCUGAAGUGUCAUCACUGUGGGAAACAGUGCCGACACUUGAGCACUCUUUUUGAGCACCUUCGGGUCCAUGGGCCAAAGAGGUAUCGCUGUGGAGUGGCUGGUUGUGAUUAUAAAGCAACCAUGGUCCAUUACUUCAAAAAUCACAUGAAACAGAUCCAUAAGUGUUCAGGUUUUAAGCAGGUCUUAAAGGAUCCAAAGAUUAAAGAUCCAGAAACACAAGAGUACAUCGUGUAUCCUAAAGAUGCAGUACCACCUGCUAAGGAAUCCCACAGGAAACGAAAGAAUGAAUAUGCCAUUGAAGAUAUUGGCCGGAUUCCCAAAGCACACGUCUCAUAUCAAGAUCUAAAGUGCUACUACUGUCAUUUUAUUUCUAAAGUGAGAUUGAAUUUAAUAAAGCAUAUCAAAUUGCAUGAAAAAUACCCAGAAGGUAUUCCCAAGAGGUUGUACUUAGCUGAAGGUGACACCAGCCCAAUUCCAACAAAGCAGCCCAUCAACCCAGUGCCCUGCUUGGAACGGAAGGAACUCAUGUUUGAUAAGAUGAUGAACCUGGCAGGUAGCAGCUUUGAAGCCAAGAAGAAGAAGGAGGAUAUAGAUAUGAGAACUAAGAAUCCUAUUCCAACAGAGGAGUAUGAAAAGUUGCCCAAGUAUGUCCCUGAUGAACGGUUGCAUUCGUGUGGUAUUGAUGGAUGCAACUACUUGUCUUGUGAUGACAUGAUGUUGAAGUAUCACAUUCGCACUCUGCAUGCUGAUAUUACAUCGUUCCCUUGCCCACACUGUACUGAUAUAACAAUAACGGUUGAAAAGAUAAGCUCCCACUUCAAGCUGCAUGGAGACAGGCUUUACAGGUGUGGAUGGUGCUCAUAUAUAUCCUACCGAAGAAAUGUUGUCGAACGCCACAUGAAAGAAAAACAUCCAACUAAGAAGGCCUUUGAUUUUGUUAUCCGUGAGCCAGAUGAAUCAGAUGGUCAAAAGAAACAAGAGGAAAAGAUAGAGGAACCUGCAACACCAGUUAUUCCUCAAGUUCCUCAAGACCCACAGUGGCAGUGUGGAUUGUGCAAGUUCUGCUCAGUUACACAGCAAGAGAUGGUUAACCACACAAGCCUUAAGCAUGCUAUCAAAAGUCAGUAUAAAUGUGGCUACUGCAAUGUCAGAUCUUCAGUACGAGCCAGCUUUGAUGCCCAUUUUGCAGCAAAACAUCUUUACCAACCAUUUAGGGUGUUGUGCAUGUAUUAUCGGAUAGAUUCAGAAGAUAUUGAACCCAUUAGUCAGGGUAAUGGGCAACAUUCUCAUGAACCCUUGUGGAAACGUAAUGAUCCUGAACGCAUUCGACACAUCCGCGGUAUUCUGAUAGACGACGAUCCAGAGACCAGAAAGACGUUGUUGAAGCAGACAGGUACAGGAAAACCAGACAAAGGAGAGUUUGUGUGCCCUAUGUGUCGGUCAUUCAAGACAUCUUGUGUUGCAACAUUCAGGUCACACCUUUGUCGAGAAGCUGACUAUCUCAGGUAUGAGUGUGCAGAGUGUGGUGUAAGCAAUGCACUGCUUCCUAGUUUACAGCGUCACUUCACAAAAAUGCAUCACAAGCCGUUUACCCAAGAGAGCUAUGUUAACUUACCUGUGGAAGAUGAUAAAGAAAACUGGGUUGAAGGUGUGAUCAGCCAUCAGGAACAGCUCAUUAAGUGUUGGCUUGAAAAGGGUGGACCUGAGCCAUCAGAGCAAACAGGAGCAAUGGCAGUGCAUCAGCCACCCCCGGCCAAGGCUUCCACAUCAAGACGUUCCUCGGCCAGUUCUGUAUCAAGUGCACCUUCAAGUGAGGGUUCCUCUCAGCAAGGUGUUGUGCUGCACGACUCUGGUAGUGAACGCGGACGCUUCGUCUGUGACACUUGUGGGUCUGAAUGCCGCUCAGCUGCAGGACUGAAGAGUCACACCACAGCCAUGCACCAGGCCAGGUUCAAGUGUCAUUAUUGUCCAUUUGCCAGCAACACUGAAGAUGCAGUAAAGCAGCAUUGCACUGUCAAACAUCCAAAGUUACAGAGUGAAGUGAUUGAUGUUUCGCAGCGUUUAAGGCCUCAAAAGGUUGAGGACACUGAUCCUGCUGAGGUAGAUAAUGCUAUUAAAGAAGAUUCCUCAGGCAGUAUCCUCCCAACAAAGGAGGAAGAAAAGGGAGAUAUAUCAGAUGAGAAGAUAAGUAAAGAGAAGAUUACUAGUAAAGAGUCAGAGUCCUUAGAAAUUAGUACAGACAAGGUUGAUAAACUUACCGAAGAAAAGGCAAAAACUGAGGGGGGAGAUACUCCUGAGGUAACAAAGACCCAUAAGUGUCCAUUCUGUCCAUUUGUAAGCAACACCACAUCAGGCCUAGGCCACCAUAAACGCACGAAACAUGCUGAUAGAAGACUCUUUAUGUGUCUUCAUUGCAAUGCCCGUUUCAACAACUCCUUUGAUGUUGUACGUCAUAACAAGUGGAAGCACUCUCACCUUAAACCUCAGUUUACUCACCUCCAGGAAGAUCAUGCAAGUAGUGAGACUCCUAAAACAGAUGGGGACACCACUACAAGCGCAGACAGUAGUGACAGUUCAUUAACAACGGUCAUAAAAGACCCCACAGCAUCUGCAAGUGGUGCGAGCUCACCACAGUGGCCACCUGGCCCGAAGUCAAAGAAGGGUAAAGCCAGAAAAUCAUUCCCAAAUGCAUCAUUGUUAAAAGUUUCUGCAGGAAAACCUGCAGCAGAAGCAAAGGUGGAUAGUAUACAACCAGUUUCAAUAGUCAGUAAUAGUGAGCCACAGGUGACAUACUCCUGUUGUCAUUGCAACCAGCAGUCUAAUAAGAUUGCAAUGGAAGAACACAUGAAAAAGCAACACAGGGAUCUCCCACAUCAAGUUCGAAGGGAGGAGGGAGACAAAGUCUUCACAGAAGUUCAUGUUUACAAGUGCAUUCAUUGUGUUGUAGAAAGCAUAUCCCUAGCACAAGCAAUGGAUCACUGGAUUCAAAAUCAUGCUUUGCUUGAUUUUAAAUUCCAAAUGGUGAUGAGGCAUUGUGGAGAAGUGUCAAACCAGGUAGUUACGAGUACAACUGAAGACCCUCCACAGACCCCCUUGGUGGAUGAGGUGAAAGAUUCAGUUACACCUGAAGCUGACACCAGCUCGAGUUCUGCUGCUGGUUCCAGUGCCAUUAUCAGCAGUAGUUCAGAAGAACAAAGCAACAAAACAGUGAAACCUCUGAAAAUAGCCAAAAGAAGAACAAGUGGCAAAGAAACAAAGUCACCUGCGCAGUGUGACAGUGAGGAUGAACAGAGUGAAGCUUCGGAAAUUGUUGAUGAGCCACUGGUUCAGACUAGCUCUGAGUUAGAUGAGGAAGGUUUUGUUUUUAAAUGUGGACUGUGCAAGAAGAGUAGUGCUAAAUUAGAGGAACUGGAAGCUCACUUCAGUAAGAUCCAUGCGGAUAGGGAACUAACAUAUAAGAAAAUGCGUAAAGAGGCAUUUGAACAGAUUUACAGAGCUGAAUAUGAGUGUGGCCAUUGUGGGGAAAGGGGACGCCACAUUGUGUUGAAGCGACACCACAAAACGACUCACUUGAAUCUGCCUUUUAAGGUUGUGCGGGUUAACCAAAAUAUUUACUACAGGUGUGAUGUAUGUUGCCAUGUUGUCAAGAACUUGCAGUCAAUGCGGUAUCACAUUCGACGUCAUCAUCCAGAGGCAGAUGAGUUUACCUUUUCCAAGUUGACUUUAGGUUCCCCAGUAAGGCCUCCAAUGAAGCAGCCAUUUAAGUGCAAUUAUUGUGGUGAUGUCGGAGAAACUCUUCAGGAAAUGCGCACUCACCAUGCAUUCCUUCAUUCACAUCUAGACUGCAGCAUCACAAACCUGAUGGAUGAGGCUUUGUCAUCUGUUCACAGUCCUACACCUAGUCAUAGCUCAAAUGAAGUAAAAAAUCCACCUCUAGUUCCUCUCCCAGUGAUAUCGAAGUGCAGCAGCCCUCAGGUGGCAGACAUUAGUAGUCCAGCUGCAGAUAUCAAAUCUCCAGUCAUCCCAGAGAUGAAAAAUACAGCGAGGAAGUCAAUAACAACUCUGAAAAAGCGACAUGUUGCGAUGAAGUCAACUUCAAAAUCACAGCCAAGAGCAUCAACAAGCAGCUGUAGUGAUGAAGAUGGGCAAAGUUGGUAUGGUGUUCCUCAGCCGUCAAUACAGAUGGAAAAUCUAUAUGCUUUUGUGAACCUUGGGGCCGGAGUUCCAAUGAGGCUUACUGUGCAGCGUUUGGGAAAACUACUAGACUUACAACCCAAAGUUAUGGUUUAUGAUGAUCAGUUGCAGUAAAGGAAUAUAUAUACACAUAUAGUAUUUUUUAAAACAAGAGUGACCAUGCUUAUCCACAGAUCUGUUUCAUCUAAGAAAAAGCACAUCUAAAGCAUCAAAAAUAUCUUGUUUCUGCAAGUUGGCAAUUAUGUGAUUAAAUACAUUAGUAGGAAAUACAUUUUUAUUUCUGAUGCAUGUAACUGUACCCAAGCAAAUAUGGAAAAAUAAAAAGGCAUUUGAGUUUUGUAAAAAGUGUAACAUAAUUAAUGAUAGGUAUUGAUUUGAUACAAGACUGAAGUUUUAUGGCAUAAGAAUUUUGUUGAGAAAGUAAAAAUAAGUUAUCUAUUAAGGUAAUUAUCAGAUUUAUAUUCACGUAGAUUUUCCAAAAAAUGUUUUUGGUAUUUACAUGAUUCAGUAGAUAGAGAGGAAUGUUGUCACUUAAGAAGUACAAUAAAGCUUGUAUUUAUGAUAUCCUGUAUAGUGAACAUAAUUCCACAAGCAAGUUAUUUGGUGGCAUGAAAUGAGUAAUUGGAUAUAGUUUGUGCUUAAAACAAAUAACCUAGUCUUCCUCUGAAGGACAAGAAAAUUUUGUUUCUGUGAUAAUGGAUUCUAUUUUCUGUUUGUAAUGUCACAUAGUUUCCAGAAUGGGAUAUGGAAAUAUGAUUGCUGAGGUGACAUUGCACAGAAUUGUUAAAAAGGCUGUAAUUAGCCAUGAUAAAUACAUAUAUUUUUUAUUGUUAUUAUUAUUUCACCCCCAAUUGUGAAUAUCUGCUGCUAAUGCAGGAUUAGUUUAUUUGGUCUGGAAUCUGGUACAGCAAAUUUAAAUAAAACUAUACAGCAUGAAGUAUUCUGAGAAAGUAGACUCAUAUUUGGAGGUUUACUUUUGGUGAAUGAAAUCAUUUUCUCUCAAUUAUUGUCAUAUUCCCUCCUCUUUCAGACAGAUUGACACAAACACAAAAUCUUAAGUGCUGCCCAUAAGAUUUGUCCUGUAAUUGGUGGCCGGCAAGGCUUUAGCUUGUGAUGACCGGUUUGCAAACCUUUAUAAGGUCUGCCAUGUAGGUAGGUCAGAAUGUGUUUGUGUUACCUCGGUAUGAGUUGACCAACAUUCUUAAACCUCUGGCAUAUGUGUAUUAAAACGUGGAGGUACAAACAUUUUGUAAAAUUUUAUUUGAAGUUCCUAGUUGAUUUAAAUAAUCCAGUAUUUUUGUAGAUAUAAGUUGGGAAUGUGAGUAUUCUUUUUGUCAUACCAAAACCGUUUUAAGUUAUUUGAAUUCUACAACCGAAGCUUUUUUAUCAGAUUUAAAAAGCUCAUAUACCUCAUUCCAUUAUACAUAUGUUGUUUUGUAUGCUAAAUAAUGCCCGAGUGUUAUUCUGUUUAAUAAGUCUUGUUAGUUGAGUGUGGUUAUGUUGUGAAAAUGAUUUUUUUUUUUUCUGAUUUUUUCAUGUGUUAUAAGUUAAAAGCUCUUUAGUGAUGGAAGAACAUAUGAAGGGAAAUAAAACCCUCGAGAUUACUGCUCUCUGAAAGGUGCCUAUCAGCUGUAAUAUUAGUGUAAUUAGUAUUAUUUUAGCAUUAGGGCACCUGAGCCUCGGAAUCUCAUGCAGUCACUGCUUCUAUAUUGUGGAGUGUCACGAUUAAGCAAAGUGAGUUUGGUGGUGCAGACCUGUAGGUGUGAGAUUCAAGAGGUUCAGUGCAUUGAUUUGUAAAAUAGAGAACCACUGGAAUUCAAACUACUGCUCAUGUUGUAUUUGUAAAUAAAUGAAUUUUGUGUAGAUGUCUACACACAAAUAUUUGCUGUGACACCCGUGAAGCAAGUGCAACAUUUGUCCUUUUCUUUCAUGAUACGAAAAUCAUUCCACUUCGUACCUUUAUCCAUACUCACCAUGGCAGGAUUGUGCCAUUCUUUGUAGGCUGUUUAUUCACAUUAACUAUUUGUGUUUUUUGUAUAUAAAAUAAAAUUAUUUUAGUUGAACUUGUCA